UGCGUCUUCCAGCGCCACACAGGAACGCUGCCAACUUUAAAGCCUCAGCUUCACUGAGCUCAUCAUCUCGGGAUAAAUUCAAGGAUCCUUUACAAAGGUUUUUUCCUCUUCUUCUGAAACAUCAUGAGCUGAGCCAACAGCCGGUGUUCCUCAGCGUCCAGCCACUGAAACUCACCGCCUCCAGCUGUCCACUCCGAUCCCGACUCUGGGAAGAUGGCCCUGCACCUGGAAGGGCUGCUGGCGAUUGUCAUCUUUUACGUGCUGAUCCUCUUCGUUGGGAUUUGGGCCGCAUGGAAAAACAAAAACUCCGGGGUGGAAGGAGGGUCAGAUCAGAGUGAAUCCAUCAUGGUGGGUGGACGGGACAUCGGACUGUUUGUUGGAGGGUUCACGAUGACCGCCACCUGGGUCGGGGGAGGAUACAUUAACGGAACAGCGGAGUACGUGUAUCUGCCCAGUCACGGUUUGGCCUGGGCUCAGGCCCCGUUUGGCUACGCACUCAGCUUGGUAGUAGGUGGUCUGUUCUUUGCCAAGCCUAUGCGCUCCAGAGGAUAUGUGACCAUGCUGGACCCCUUCCAGCAGCUUUAUGGGAAGAGAAUGGGUGGUCUUCUCUUCAUACCAGCCUUAAUGGGAGAGAUCUUCUGGUCAGCGGCCAUUUUGUCAGCCUUGGGCGCCACCCUGAGUGUGAUAGUGGACAUCAAUAUCAACAUGUCUGUGAUGAUCUCAGCCCUCAUCGCCAUCUUCUACACGCUGGUGGGGGGGCUGUACUCUGUGGCUUACACAGAUGUGGUUCAGCUCUUCUGCAUUUUUGUUGGUCUGUGGAUCAGUGUGCCUUUCGCUUUAGCCAACCCCGCAGUGUCGGAUAUCGGAGUCACGGCAGUGAAGAAAGUGUUUCAGACUCCGUGGCUGGGAACAAUUCAGCCUUCAGACGGCUGGAUGUGGGCAGACAACUUCUGUCUUCUAAUGUUGGGCGGGAUCCCCUGGCAGGUCUAUUUUCAGCGCGUUCUUUCUGCCUCUUCAGCUACUUAUGCACAAGUCCUUUCCUUCCUGGCCGCCUUCGGCUGCCUCGUUAUGGCCGUCCCUUCCGUCCUCAUUGGAGCUAUAGGAGCUUCUACAGACUGGAACCAGACGUCCUACGGUCCCGUCCCGCCGAUGGAGAAAGAUGAAUCGGACAUGAUUCUGCCCAUCGUGCUCCAACACCUUUGCCCGCCCUUCGUCUCCUUCUUUGGCUUGGGGGCGGUGUCGGCCGCUGUGAUGUCAUCAGCGGACUCAUCCAUCCUCUCAGCUAGCUCCAUGUUCGCACGGAACAUCUACCAGCUCGCCUUCCGUCAGUCGGCAUCUGACCGUGAGAUCGUCUGGGUGAUGAGAGUCACCAUCUUCGUGUUCGGCGCUUUGGCGACUGCCAUGGCUCUGCUGACGGGGACGGUGUACGGCCUGUGGUACCUGAGCUCGGACCUGGUCUACGUCAUCAUCUUCCCCCAGCUGAUCAGCGUGCUCUUCAUCAAGGGUACCAACACCUACGGCUCAGUCGCUGGCUACAUCUUCGGCCUGCUUCUGCGCAUCGGCGGAGGGGAGCCCUACCUAAAGCUGCCACCUUUCAUCUACUACCCGGGCUGGACGCAGGAGGAGAAGGUCCACCAUCUGACGAAAGAGGUGGAGCACAUCGUGGUGCAGAGGUUCCCCUUCAAGACGGUUGCCAUGUUGGCCUCACUCCUGGGCAAUGCUGUGUUCUCCUACGUGGCGAAGUAUCUUUUCGAAAGCGGUACUCUGUCUCCCAAGUACGACUUCCUGGACGCUGUAGUUUCCAAGCAUAGCAAGGAGAUCAUGGACAAGACGACCCUUGUUGGAAGUGACAACAUUAUAUUAUCCGAGAUGGCUCCAGUGAAGCCCAGGAUCGGAUCCUCACUGGCGGGAACGUUCAUGAACACAGAGGCUCUUAGUGAUGAAGGAGAGACCAGCCCAGAUUUAAAUAAUGAACUUCAGUAG